CUGGUUUUCACCCUCACCAGCCCUUCUCGUCUUGCAAAUGCAACCUUUCCAUACCUCGCGCAAUUCUUCAUCAGUCGUGCAUCACAUGCGAUGACAACGAGCAAGAUGAAGUCCCGUUCGACAGAGUCGUACGUUCAUUCGUUAUGUUUGCAUACAUAUGUCUAUACCCUGGUCGUGUUCGUUACCGCGCCAGCCCUUUCUUCUGCACUUGCUGGCCAUGCAGAAAUCGAUCUACCUAUUGUCGGAACGAAAACUGGAUCCGUAGCUGGAGUGCGCCUGCAGUACAUGAAUCAAAAAGUCGAAGCCUUCUUUCGCAUCCCUUUCGCUGAACCUCCAGUUGGUGAUCUGCGCUUUAAGAAACCCCUGUCAGCGAAACCGUGGGACCGUACGUUAUUUGCCAGUGAUUACGGACCGGGAUGUGUUCAAGAUAAUUACCUGCUGGGCAAACGGGUGAUCUACAACAAUUCAGCCACUUCGGAAGAUUGUCUUCACCUGAAUGUUCUUAGACCCACCUGCAUAAGUAAGGGCACAUGCAGAUCCCUGCCCGUUGUUAUCCUGAUAUACGGGGGUGCCUUCCAGUGGGGCGACGCGUCGAUUUACUACAACGACGGUUUAGUCUUCGCUGCAGUUAACGACGUUAUUGUGGUCAGCUUCAACUACCGUGUUGGUGCCUUUGGUUUCCUUAGCGCUCACACAAAGGAUGCACAAGGGAACUUGGGCUUUUACGACCAACUACUUGCUAUGAAGUGGGUGCAAGCUAAUAUUCAUUUCUUCGGAGGAAACCCCAAAGAGGUAACGCUGUUUGGGCAAAGCGCCGGUGCUUUCUCUGUGGGUCUUCAUGUACUAUCACCACUCAGCAAAGGCUUGUUUAAGCGUUGCAUAUUCGAAAGUGGAACACCCUUAUCACUCAUCACUUUCCAGAUGAAGGAUGAGUUGAGUCGGUUCAACACUUUGGUUGGACUGAUGAACUGCAGUGACCCGAGUGGAAAUGUGAGCACAAUGUUGCGAUGUCUCCGACAAGCUCAUGCUCACGAUAUUAGAAAGGAGGUGAGCACUCUGGGUUUGCUCAACGACAUGUUCAUUCCUGUAUAUGGCGACGAAUUUAUCCCUCAUGAUCCACUGUCGCCCGACAGUAUAAAAACAAUUAACGGCGAAGAAAUGUUUAUGGGCACUACAUUAAACGAAGGAUCGCUCUUCAUGUAUUAUCCUUACGAAACAAGAGCAGAUGAUAUUCAUUUUGCCAAAGACAUCUACGACAUCCUUCCGAGUGUUGUAAUCAGCGGGUUAUUCGAUGUACCAGCACCAGUAAUAAGGAAAUACAUUCACUCGUACUUCGAGAACGGAGUUGAAGACCUGGAGGAUACAGAAAUCCUGAACUUAUUAGCGCACUCGUACGGCGAUCCUGUGUUUGUCUGUCCUACGAAUUUUUGGGGCCAGUUCCUGUCAGGACGGGGUCACGAUGUCUAUCGUUACGUGUACGCGCACAAGUCUGAGCUGCAACUUUGGGAUGAUUGGCUCGGCGUGGUACACACCGAUGAUGUGCCUUACAUGUUGGGCUCCUUGGCCACCGUGUCACGCAACAUGAACAAGACAAGUCUGCAGUACCUACCUGCAAAGAUAAGAAACUUCUCACCGAGCAGCGAAGAUCUGGCUUUCAGUAUGCAACUAGUGCGGACAUUGGGCGACUUCGUCAAAACUGGGAAGCCGAAGAUACCAGACACGGAUCAAGACUGGCCAAAAUACUCGGAAAAAAGCCCCGACUUCAUAUAUCUACAGCCCCACAACUUCACCAAAGGCAUCGGUCCGAAGCUGGACCGCUGUGAGCUCUGGAAGCCGUACCUCUUGAGGCAAAAGACGACCGUCAACACAACACCAAAGCCGAAGCCCACUCCUCGUAGGAAACCAACACAUUCCAGGAAGCCACCGAAGCAGCAGAUGGAUGAUAACACCAUUGCAGGCGGAUCAGUCUCCUUUGGCGAUUCAACCAUCUUACUGACUACAUUGGCAAUUCUGGCGAAGUUGACGUUGUAAGGCACGGUCGCAGCCACCCACGGGAAUGCUCAACAGGCCAGCCAAGGAGGAUGCUCAAGACGUGCAUGAUAUCAUGCACCUGUAAAUAAUGCACACGAAUGGAACAUGGUACACGGAAGCCUACACUUUACAGACUUUCACACACUGUUUCACAUAUUUGUGCGAACAUGGUAAGCUAAUGGUUUACCUUGUGAUAACGUGUUGCCCCGAAAUCAACGUCCGGAUAUUUUAUUCUUAGACUUUCAUUGACAAAUUUCAUGGAGGCAUAUCUAGCACCAUCGAGACACAUGCAUCGCGAGUAUUACUAUUAUUAGUUUGACGACAUUGAAUACAUUACUAGGCCUCGGUUGCACUCGAGAAGUUAAUGCGUUCUUAACACUAUAGAAAAUUUGCUUGAACGGAGGUAAUUUAUUAAGGUGCUUGUCUGUUACACACAACGUCCCGUGUCUGUAGAACAUGUGUAGAAAAUGUGUUCUGGAACCCGCGACAAAUGUUAAAGAGUUAAAGCGUUUUCGUCUUAGUUCUUGUGCCAACUUCACGGCAAUGCUUGUGAUAUGACGCGCAGGCCUGAUGCGUCAUCUGUCACUCCCUCUGUCCCAACACACAAUGAAGCUAUACCGUUCUCCGUUUGCCUUCGCCGGCGCCACAGAUAUGCACCUUGCAGCAACACGGACGAUUUACAAAAGUUACACGUCAUCCACAUGUUUCGUGCAGGUCUCGAGGGGCGCAGAGGAGCGGUUAAAACAUGACAGUAACAAAGCAGGAAGCCACUCCAACCGCGCCUCGAACCUCAGACAUUUAAGGAAUUACCUCGAGCGAUCAGUCUUUCCUUUGACUACAAGCAAGAUCUGCACAAGGUCAACGUAGAGCACCGUGGCAGUCACUGAAACUGCACAAACGGUUAACUUAGAGUCACGAGUGUCCAGGGGCGUCGGAAGGUGGCGGCAAAGGGCCCUCCUGACCUCACGCUGUGGAGGUCUCGCCCCCCACAUGAUGUCUGGUAUUUGUACACGCAAAUUUUUGCAGAAUUGGCAUAUUCACUUGUGUGAAGGUUGCUUUCCGCAGAUAACUUUUUUUUUUAUGUAGCGCGGAAAAUCUCUUAUUUCGCAUAAACGUUGGGACAGUGGUACCGUCGCUACCCUUCUGAUAAAAAGCAUAUGUCUAUAUCUAGAAGAAGAGUAGCCCUCUCCUAAUAAACAGAAUGCCGUGAGUGGAAGCUUUUUCA